GUUUUUUGUUUCCUCUUUUUUACGUCUUUGUUUUUGUUCUCAGUUCCUCCAUUCCCCCGUAAUACUACCACUCAAAGGCCUGGUGCCAUAAUCCAACUGCCCUCCAUAUCACUUCAAUAUCAAUCUUCAAUAUCAUUCACCAUUCGAUCGUCACUGGCUGGCGACCGUAUACCCAACUUAAUAUCAGCUCUCUCUUGCUCAGUCUCUCGAACCUCAAUUCAUUCGUACAGUCAACAACACACGGCCUCUUCGGACCAACCUUUCAAUUCUCAGACUCCUCGUAAUAUACACAUUGAAAAUCAAAUUUAAGCCUUCACAUCAUCCACAAUGGCCGCGAUCCAGCUCAACUUCACUCUCCGUACGUCUGCAAACUGCAAGACUGUCCAUCUACUUGGCUCCUGGGACAACUACAAUGGCCAGCUCCCACUCAGCAAGGACUCUGCCAAAGCAGGCGCCUGGAAAGGCACGUUCCGCUUUCAAGGCUCCAUGCUCCAACAGGGCCAGCGCUACUGGUACUACUACAUCAUCGACGGCUACCAUGUCUCACACGAUCCCGCACAGGAAUAUACCACCGAGCCCACCACCGGCCGUCAGCUGAAUAUCCUCGACAUUCCUGCUGGCAAGACCUCGUCACAGUCUGCUUCCCGCUCUUCCAAGCGUCACUCCCGUCGCGUCUCGCUCGACAUUCCCAAGGGUCGCGCCUUGUCGCCCAGCAAAAUUCAAUCUCCGCGACCUAUGAAGCCGUACGAGACCCGUGAGGUCGUCCAGCAGAACUACUCCCCUGCGACGCUAGAGGCCCUGACAUCGCGCUUUUCGCGGGCCACAAUCGAAGAGAGCAGCGAGGAGGACUCCGACUCCGAUGCAGACUCUGACGUGCCAUCCCUCACAUCGCGCAGCUCAAACAGCUCGUCACCAUCGUCCGUCAGUAGCACCAGCUCGUGCUGCACAUGUGAGCGCUACGGCAUCACCCGCGCUGGUGACCGCGUCAAGCUCGACUGUGGCGGUGCUCGUUGUGGAUUCUCUGAUGGCAGCGAGUGCUCAAGCGAGGACGAGGAAUACUACAAGGCCAAGACCACGCGCAGGCAAGGUAUUGUUGUGCGACGCUGAUCCCGCUUCACGCCCACGUACACUACAUUCCUGCUCCGCGAGCCUUUCUCGUAUAUCUUGCAUUCCCGCACACACUCGUUCGACCUGAGUCCUGUCGCUAGACAACGGUCUCCACUCGGAGACAGUAUGGCAACAACACGCGCACCCCGCGCCAUUGCACACUCAUUAGGCCCGAAUGCGUCCCAACGUGGUCCUUGACGCAUCGUCAGGAUCCGCAGCAGGAUCGUGAUCUUUUCUUUUCUCCAUGUAUAUAUUACGAAGUCUCACCGUUCAUACAGCACACUACGCACGUCACGCUGGUCGUGGGCUUGUGGUGCUGUCCGGUGUUGUUGUUGAUUAAUCCCACCCGCAAACACGUUGCACUCGCAAAUGACACAGGAGGAGCGAGUCCUGCAACUGGAUAUGUACAUGUAGCAUAUUAUAGCAUAGCAUGGCAUGGUAUGGUAUGGCAAUUGACGACCACGAAGUCUAGCGAGC